UACUAGAAAAGAUCCAAAAUUGAUGAAUUUUAAUAUAUGUUUUGACAUUUUAUUUCUCAACAAUUUGCAUUCGAUAAGUUUUUAACACUCAUCAGGGUGUUAUGCUGCUCGAGCAUUCAUGUGUGUCAAAAAAACGCGCACUCUAUCACGAUUCUAUUAGGUGUUUCUGUAUUAUUCUUUUUGUUUGACUUGAAGUACAAACUCGAAAUAAGAAGUACAGAUCGAUUCAACUCCUCUCUUCAAAUUUUCUGUCUUUGUUUUACGAGUGUUUAUUAAUUCCCCUUAAUUCAUGGAUGAUGGAGAGUUAAAUAACCAAGUACUCUUAAAGAAUAUGGAGCAUCAAUUAUUCAGCAGUUGUCCAAUGGAUAGUUUUUUCGAUUAUAUGCUUGAUGAUACUCAUGCGCGUACUCAUACCAAUACUAAUUCCAACCAAUCUGAACAAGAUAUAUCGCAAAAUCUCGAUUUGCCUCACUCACCAAAUUACAUCCACUUCAUCCCUCAAAACCCUCCUGUCGAAGAAAAAACCACAAGUGAGGAUACAGAUGAUUCCGUUGACAAAAAACUCAGAAAACGUUCACGUGGUAAUAGAGAAUCGGUUCGUAAGUAUCGCGAGAGAAAGAAAGCCCGACAAGCUUCAUUGGAGGAUGAGCUUAUCCGGCUGAGGAUCGUAAAUCAACAGUUGUUAAAAAGGGUGCAGGGACUAGUUGCUCUUGAGCAAGAGGUAGCAAGAUUCAAGUGUCUACUUGCAGAAAUUAGGGGAAGGAUUAAAGGAGAACUUGGAUCAUUUCCUUAUCAAUUACCCGCACCUGGUAUCGGCAUCAUUCCUCAAAAUAUGCCCUGGCCGCCUACCUCAGUUGGAGCUUAUGGUGUGUAUCAGUGCGGCAACCAAUACCCUGGAUUGAAUAACAAUUCAGGAUUUACGGAAUUUAUAGACUUUGGGCAAUCAAAUGUCACUAAUUUUAAUAACUCCGCUGCUGCCAUGAAGCGAACAGGAAAGAGCUUAAAUUGAAUAUACAACCAAGUUAAAAACGGGUUUAAUCAUCCAACUGCUUUACUAUCGAUGUUAUUUCUUUGUUAGUUUCAGUGUAAUGUAAAUACUUUUGCUUUCUAGAUCGUUUCAGAGAAAAAAUUUAUUAAGCUCUCUUUUAAUCGUUGGAGUUAAUGGAGUGGCUCUUGCCCUCGUUGUGUAUUUAGAAAAACUUGUGAUUGUCGUCUCUAGCAAUACCUAAAAGAAACUUACUAAAA